AUUUUGAAAAUGUGUUAAAUAAAAUGUCACGAAGUUAACCAAACGUAAUAUAUCAAUGUACUAAGACCAUUAUAGGUGAUAUACUGCUUUAUUUAUGGAGUAUAAGGGGUUGGAUGAUGUGACUUGUAAAUAUGGUGUGUUAAAUACGAUCUCCGACUCCGUCACUCAGAUAAACAGGAGUUUUGUUUUGCUCAGGAGGUAUAUAACUGUGGGUUAUCACGCCGAAGACCUGGGCUCGAUUCCUGUCGGGGGAACUAGCCAGGAUUAUUUUUUCCCGUUCUAGCUCCCACAGCCAUUUUACCUUGUGAUAUAACGUGUUGAUAUUCCUUGUGUUGACAGAACCGCCGCCCUCAUCAGCUGUGGAGGAGAGUAGGAACAUGCAGACAUGUCAGGGCCCAGACUGUGUCUACCGUCGUAUUGCGGCCAAGGUAUGCCACCAUCCACAGUGUACAGAAUCCAAUGGUAACCAGCCCCUUUUGCUGUGUAAGGAAUGUGAUCGCACCAUUCACGGGAAUUACCAGUUCAGCGGCCAUCUUGUCCUAGAUGCCCCAAAGAAAAAGCCAGGUCUUGGUGUCAUGCCGCGUGGGAUCUCGGCUCCCACUCUCCCUCACUACGAUGGUAACCAUAGCGACUCGGAAGCGACAGACUGUCAUCCCACUGAGGAGGAGGAGGGAGAGGAAGAAGAGGAUACGGCCAACGUCCCGGAGGACGGAGAUGCCGUGGAUGGCAUUUACAUGAAAAAACAAGA